CUCUUCACCCUCUAUAAACUCACCCCUCCUCCAUUUCAACACUCACACCCUCUUCUUUCCCUCCCUCUCUCUCCAGAAAUUCAAAAUGUCACUCUUUAGAACAGUCUUCUCUCUCUUCACUCUUCUUCAAUUCAUUUCAGCUACCUCAGCUGAACAAACAGUUCAAACUCUAGAGCUAAACCCAGACAUCAUAAACCCUAGAAUCCCACCUUCCCCUAAAUCACUCUCCACCAACAAAAAAUUCGAGGGUUCUUCAAAUCUCGUCGACCUCAAAUACCACAUGGGCCCAGUUCUUUCCAAUUCCCCCAUUAACGUCUACAUUAUCUGGUAUGGCAAGUGGGCCAAAAGGCAACAGUCCCCUAUUCGAGACUUCCUUCACUCUAUCUCACCCUCUUCCGCCUCCUCCGCCGCCGCUUCGGCCAACACUCAGACGGUGUCAGACUGGUGGAAGACGGUGUCGUUAUACACUGACCAGACAGGAGCUAAUGUAUCAAGCAACCUCAUCGUUGCUGGAGAAUACUCCGAUCAUCGGUACUCCCGUGGGACCCACCUCACUCGGCUGUCCGUCCAGCAAGUUAUAGCUAACGGCGUUAAAAAGGCGCCGUUUCCCGUUGAUCAUAAAAACGGGAUCUACCUUAUAUUAACUUCCGAGGACGUUACUAUGCAGGAUUACUGCCGGGCAGUGUGUGGGUUCCACUACUUCACUUUCCCGUCGCUCGUGGGGUACACGCUCCCAUACGCGUGGAUUGGAAACUCGGGCAAGCAGUGCCCGGAGGUUUGCGCGUACCCGUUUGCCCUGCCCGCCUACAUGAGCGGUGGCGGGUUGGCGGCUCUCAAGCCGCCGAAUGGUGAUGUCGGAAUCGAUGGGAUGAUUAGUGUGAUUGGACAUGAAUUGGCUGAACUUUCAUCUAAUCCGUUGAUUAAUGCGUGGUAUGCUGGGGGAGAUCCGACGGCUCCUACUGAAAUUGGGGAUCUUUGUGAAGGAUUGUACGGAACGGGUGGAGGUGGUGGGUAUACGGGUCAAGUAAUGAGGGAUAGAAGUGGAAAGACGUUUAAUAUGUAUGGGAAAAAUGGAAGGAAGUUUUUGGUUCAGUGGAUUUGGAGCCCCGUUUUGAAAGCUUGUGUUGGUCCAAAUGCCUUGGACUAAACCAAUAAUUCAAAUUAUAUGAUUAGGAUAAUAUGAUUUAGUUUGUACGUAGUUAAUAAUUUUUGGAUUUUGAGCUAGGCGUUUUUUUUUUUUUUUUUUUUUACCAUGUAUAUUACUUUUACGGAGUAUAUGGUAAAUUAAGUA